AAAAGACACAUCUCUCGUGCUGAACGAGAAUCUCGUAUCCGCCAUGUCUCGCGCACUGGGCCGCCAUGCGAGACUUCCGGUAUUGCAAGGAAGCUACUGGUGCGAGGUUUGGGACCGCAUACACUUGCAGAGGGAGAGGUCAAGGUCAUAUGCCGUCAGGUUCUCAGAUGUGAUUUCUUACCACGGCUCGAUGAAACUUCCGGCGUUUAGCGACGCCGACGCUCUGCUAUUCAAUAUGGUGAACUUGGAGUCUCCGGUACUAGCAGCGGCGGAAAUGGAUAUGAAAACCGUGUUCGGAGACACGCUGCCCCAGAUUCAGGCCCGUAUGCCGGAAGUUACGGGCGUUUUCACGUACAUUGAUCGAGUUACUUUAGGCACGCAUGUUGUGGAGUACCACACCUACUUCACGCUCUCACGAGACUACACCGGCGCCGACGAGGCGGCGAUGUACGAGCUUGUGAAGAGCGCCCUGCUCACUACGCUGAGCAACCGGGAGUACAUGUCGCGACUUCCGGGCGGCACUCCGCCCCGGGCAUUCAGCGAGAUGCACCUUCAUAGCACAGUUUCAUGUCCAGCAACCAGUUUACAAACCAACAGGGACAUAUACGGUAACACAGUACCGAAACGGGAAUUCAGUUUUCCUCGUGCUUCACUGGGAGAGUUCGUGCAUAGCGUGGAUAACUGUGGCGCGAACAUCGCGUUUCCGGUAGCCACAGCGCGUUGUCGCGGUGACUUCAACACGGGUGCCUACUGGGAUGACGUCAAAGCCAAUGACUGCGUACCGGUACCGGAAAUAGACGAUCUUAAUGAGGCGAUAUGGGGCACUUCCGCCUACACUGACAAACUAUCGGAAAUGGCCAGGACGAUAUUGGACGAAAACAACGCCGAAUCGGUCAUGACCGAGGUAGCCCAGAUCACGAAAGUUGCGGUCAAGUUCACACCAACCGACAUCAACAAGAUAGCAGACGUUCUGGACCACGCAACCAAGCUCGAGAACCUGUCGCUAAAGGUGGGAGAGGCCGUAUUGCGGACGGUUGACCGCCUGCUGGACACCGGAAACAGGGAGGUGACCGCCGCCAACGUGGAGACCAAGGCCGCUAACAGAAUAAUCAAGAGUCUAGAACGUUUCGCAGAGAACGCAAAAAUCGAUGAAGGCGACAAAAUCCGCCUCGUAUCGGACAACCUCGUCGUAGAGAUCUGGAACCUCAAGCCGGCGGCUAAGACGGUUAUCGGUCUGGCCGCCGAGUCCAUUGCCGACGCCGACGCCGGAACGCCAUUCAAGACGGAGCACAUCGCUACCGUGUACGACAAGUCGCAUCUGUACGAGGCGAACGUCGACGCCGCCAUUGAGCUUCCGGCGGAAGUGUUCCAAGCAGACGACAAAGGCACGCGGCUAAGUAACCGACUCACAAUGAUGGUUUUCCGGAAGAGCCGGUUGUUUGAGGCGGCGACGGAUGACGCUGGCCGGAAGUUGAAUCCUACGGCUGCCCAGCUAACCAAUAUAAACAGCUACAUUAUUUCCGCCAGCAUAGCCGGUCGCAGAAUCGAAGGGCUGAAAGAAAAAGUGAAGACUAUCUUUAAGCCAAUAAAGACGGACGCCGGGGAGCUGGCAUGCGUCUGGUGGGAUUUCAACCUAAACCAAAUGAAGGGAGGCUGGUCCCAGGCUGGAUGCAGCUACGACGGCAAAGUCAAUGGGCGCGACGUCUGCCUGUGCGACCACCUCACAAAUUUUGCAAUACUCGUGGACUUCUACGGUCAGAACAAGCCACUAGACCCCAGCCACGAGCUGUCCCUCAGCAUCAUCACGUUGCUGGGUUUGAGCCUGUCAAUCCUCGGUCUGGCGCUCACCAUCAUCUCAUAUGUAUUCUUCAGAAAACUUCGUCAAGGUCGCGCUCAGCAGACGCUCUUUAACCUUUCACUGUCACUUCUGCUCGCCAUGUUGGUUUUCCUGAUCGGUGUCAAGCAGACGCACAACAACGUGGUCUGCAUAGUGGUCGCCAUCUUGUUGCACUAUUUGAUAAUCGUUUCCUUCAUGUGGAUGUUGAUGGAGGCGAUUUUGCAGUAUCUGACCUUUGUGAAGAUCCUGGGGACGUAUAUUACGAGGUUUACCCUAAAGACCGUCCUGCCAGCUUGGGGGCUGCCUAUGAUACCUGUAAUCGCAGUGCUCUCCGUGGACCCAGGGUUGUACAGAGGAGGACCAAAAUACUGUUGGAUGGACCUGCCUGCAUUUUUCUACGCGUUCGCCAUUCCAGUGAGUGUCAUUAUCCUAACGAAUGUAAUCAUCUUCAUCGUCACCGUCAUCAGCAUCUUCCGUCGAGGAAAGGGGUUGCGUAGCAACCAGAAGAAGCACAAGAUGGCGAUGACAAAUCUUCAGGCGGCAAUUACCAGCUUCAUACUUUUGGGUCUGACGUGGCUCUUUGGCUACCUGGCGAUUGCGGACGCUCGUCUGAUAUUCCAGUACGUGUUCACGAUCCUGAACUCGCUCCAAGGCUUCUUCAUCUUCGUUCUCUUCGUCCUGCGAAAGAAGAAGGUCCGGGAACAGUGGUACUUCAUCUGCUGCAAGGGGAUCGAGAAGGACCGCGUGUCCCGCUCUCUGUCGUCGACCAACUCUAACAGUACUUACAGUAACGGAAGUGCCCGCAAAGAUAAAGAUGGCCGUGACCGGGAUAGGUCCGACAGUACUAAAACAGUCCAAUCGACGUUUUCAAACGGCUCGGGUAGUUUUACGAACUUUGGCUACGACAACACUUAUGAUUAUCCCUUCAACCGAAUUGAUCGCCGACUGUUCAACAGAAAAUUUUAACAUCUGUAUUACUUUUGUUUGAUCCAAUCUGCAAACGCAGUAGUUCAGCGAUUAAAAACUGUAAGAGUUUACUCCCUUGUCACCGUGUAAUUUAUGUAGCAGGGGAGAUCACUAAUAUGAGUUUGUGAAAGUGACUAAUUGUUGUUUAGUAUUCCGGGUACAUGCACAUUAGGCAAAAAAAUGAUCGGUGCACACAAUUAUAGGUGAUGAAUGUAAAAGGUCGCUAUUUAGUAAGUUAGAUAAACAAACUCAGAUUAUUACAUCAAUAUUUAUGUAGACCUAAAAAAAACGCAUCCUACUAGAUAAUUCUUUUGCUUACUAAGUAGAUGGCUACUGUAGAUUGAUUAUUACGAGUACAGGAAAAAUACGGAGAAUAAACAUGUUAUGUGUAGAAUGCUACGGUACGGGUGAAAAAAAAAGAUAUGUGUCAAACCUUCUUGUUUUGUAUUAAAAAUAUAUGUAUCAUUAAUAUAUAGUCCGUGUAACUAAUAGACACAGUUUAUAAAUAUAUAAGUUUUAUUUAAAUUAAGUAACUCUCGAACGCAAGCAACUGACUGUGAAUAAUUCCGCGUAACGUGUUGAACACUUAUACAUUUAGUCUUAUUUUUUGGCUUCUUGUUACCGGUUUGAUAUUGUAUCGAGGAUGGCCUGUAUACAGCAAUGUAAUUGUAUGUGUUAUUAUAUUGUUAUUAUGAAAUGUGAUUGUACUGUCUUCGUGGCUUAUAUGUCUCAUUCGUUGGUAUAUGUGAUAUUUCGAUAGUUAUCGUCAUUCUGUGCUAUGUAUAUAGAUAUUCUUUGAGUUUUCAAUUACGACUACCAUUUUCGUUAAUUUGGUAUUUCAAUUUAAUGGUCUAAGUUGUUAUAUUUAUAUAUGAUUAUUAUUUAAUUAUUUAAGCAUUUUACCUUGUUUGUUUUAAUUAUGAAUUUUAUAGCAUACAAUUAUAAUAAAUAAUAUAUAAUUAAUACAAAUGGUUUCCUUUCAAUGCAAACACCAGCUAGCAUUAACAGCUAAAUUUAUUUUUCAAUAACAUUGUGAUGAGCUUUUUUUCAAGUUCGCUUUCUGGAAACUAUUUGCUUUUAUUCUGAAUAUUAUGAAACAGUUUUGAGUGAUACUUGUUUUUUAUUGUAUGUAUUGUAGUGACCUUGUCUCUCUUAUUUAAGAAGUAGUGCAUACAUUUUAGGUGCUGCGUUUUUACUAACUCAUCUCAUAUAGAAUAGUUCUAACCUUAUCUAGUCACAUGUUUUAUAUUGUAUAGUAAACUUGAGGUAAGAGGCAAAUACAAUACCGUGCAUACAUCGGUCCAGUAACCAUUUUGUUCAGUUACAUGUCAUACUGGCCUUAACAUUAUAUUCCUUAUAUAUUUAAACUUUGUUAACACGAAAAUGGAUCCGUUCCGUUUAAAAACAUGGCCGCUUUGAAACUGUGCUUUUGUGAUAUUUAAGUUGUAUCCGAAAAUGGUUCCGGUCCAUUGAAAACCCUGUCUGUUGUGGGCGUGGCAGUUUUCUAAUAUUUCUAUAGUGAAUCCUUGUGAACACUCAAGAAAGGAUUUUUAAGUCGAUUUAAACAUGUUCAGAAAAAAUAGUUCGAUGAUAUCUUAGACGAGUUCAAUAAUGGGUUCGAUGCUAUGUUAAACAGGGAUGCCGGGAUGGGGUCGUCUUUCCUAAUAUGGCUUUAUAAUUAAACAGUGUUUAUACUUAAGAAGUUGCAUUUUUCUCAAAUCUUAAAAAAUUGUCUCAGGAAAUACUUUAUAUAUCUUGGACGAGUUUGAAAAUGGUUCCGGUCCGUUGAAAAACAUGGCAGCCAGAAGGAGUACUUGUCUAUAGGGAAACCUUGUGAACGUAACUUGUAAAGAUCAGUUUAUUUUCUUGGGGUCCAUGGUAAGCACCCUACGGCCUCAGGCGCGUUUGUUUAAUAUACUUAUGGACUAAGAUGCAGUAUACUAACUAUGGAACAUUUGCGUGGUUUUAAGCAAAGCUACUUUUGACGCUAUUAAAAGAAAUAUUAAUGGUGGUGAAGAUAAUGUUGAUAUCCGGUUUUAAUCCUAAUCUUAUUUGUGUCUCAUAUUUGGUAAAUUGUCUUUAAUUUUUAAUUCUUGGAUAUUAUUGUGUGCUGAUUUUUUUUAAUCACAUGGAUGUAUUAUGUUAGGUAAUUCUGUAUAUUAAUAAUAUGUUUGUCAGGUUUUUAUCGGUUUGAAAUUGCCUAUCAGAAGAAAUAAGCUGAUUUAUUGGUUUAGGAAUUAAAUGUUUUAUGCAUUGUUGGCGUAGAAAAUACGUGCUUUUGAAAACCUCAAUCGUUAACAUUCUUAUAAUUAAGUUUAACAUUUGAAUUGUCAAACUUUGUGUCAAAAAAACAUAUAUACAAUUGAAAAGAUAAUCGAUCUGGAUGAUUACAGAAACGUAUGAAGUGGUAAACUAUAGUGUAAAUAUUUAUUAUUAUGUAGAUUGUUGUUUGAUUUGUUAUUGUAUUAUUGUAUUAUUUGGAACAAACAUUGGAAUAAA